UACGAUUCGAAAUUUCGUCGCGAAAAACAUCGCAUGUCAAAGUGUGGAAACAAACUCACGUGCAUUUCGAAUGUAAAUAAUCUGUGCGGUGAUCAGUGUUCUGUUGUGUGGAAAGAAUAUUUACAAUAAUUUAGUGAUUCUUUCUAUGUACAAAUGUCGCGAAUAAUAAUAAAGAACAUCCCCAAUGGGUUUACAGAAUCCAAGCUACGGGACCAUUUCAGCGGGUGCGGAAUCGUAACGGAUAUACAACUGAAAUACACUCCGGAGGGCAAGUUCAGAAACUUUGGUUUCAUUGGCUACGAGACGGAAGAGCAGGCAUCGAAAGCCAUUGAUCAUUUUAAUAACACGUUUUUGAGGACUUCAAAGAUCAGCGUGGCCCCAUGCGCCGCAUUGAACGACGUAAAAGAUUUGAAUGUUUGGAGUAAAUAUAGCAAGAAGAAGCAGGAUGCAUCUGAUGAGCUCAAGCAACCGAAAGCGGUGAAAGAGAAACAGAAAAAAGAAACUGCUGCAGAUAUUCUGAAGAAGCACAAAAAUGAUCCACUGUUCAAGGAGUUUAUGCUAGCGCAGAACAAGGCUGGAACGGCUGUAUGGGACAAUCAGUUGCAAAAGUCUGAGAGUGAAGCUUCGGGCAGUGAAGAAGACGAUGAACCGGAAGCGGAAAAGCCAGUCACUCGAAAAGAAACGGUCGUUGAGAAAGAUAAGGAACGUAAAAUGAUUAAUUUGUUUGUGGCCAAAAUACACAAUAUUCCUUCAAAAAUCAAACGGCAAGACUUGCUUCGAUUCUUCAAACCCGUGAAACCGUACUCCAUACGGAUACCACCGAAACAGAAUGGAUUUGCCUAUAUAGGUUUCAAAACUGAAGCCGAGCUGAAUAAGGCGAUGUUGAAGGAUAAAAGUUUCCUAGGUGGAAAGCAAGUCAAAGUUGUGGAUUUUACCGCUAAAGAUCGGCUCAGGACCGAGGAGGAAAAAAAUCAGCUAAACAAAAAGGAAAAUCCUAAGUGGAUCAGACAAAAGGAAUCGGUUUGUAGCGAGAGCAUUGUAGAAACCGGAAAAUUGUUCUUUAGGAACCUUGCCUAUUCGGUCAAAGAGGAAGAUUUGAAGCAGCUGUUUGAAAAAUAUGGACCUGUUGUAGACAUUGAUAUACCAAUCGAUUCAAACACACGGAAGCUGAAGGGCUUCGGCACGGUUACAUUCCUGAUGCCGGAGCACGCCGUCCAGGCGUACAGUGAUUUGAAUGGUACUUUUUUCCAUGGACGAAUGUUCCACCUGCUGCCAGGCAAGGCCGACGCAGAGAAAGAAGAACCUGACGAAGAUGAAUCCAGUCUGAACUACAAACAGAAAAAAGAGAAGAAAUUGAAGAAAACUGCACAAUCUUCCCAUAACUGGAAUACGCUGUUCAUGGGUGAAAAUGCAAUCGCUGAAGCCGUUGCCAAAAAAUACGGAAAGUCAAAGGAAGAAGUGUUGAGCACCGAAGGAGGAACAACCAGUGCUGCGGUUCGGUUGGCUUUGGGUGAAACGGAAAUCGUUGGUGAAAUGGGUCGGUUUUUGGAGGAAAAUGGCAUUCAUCUCGAUGCAUUCAAUGGGAUUCCAAAAAAUAGAUCCAAUACGACGAUUCUCGCUAAAAAUUUGCCUUCCGGGACCGAAGUAAGCGAAUUGACGGAGCGUUUCGGUAAAUUUGGACUCCUGGGAAAGGUAGUUCUUCCUCCAAGUGGAAUAACAGCGGUUAUCGAAUUUUCGGAUCCCAGUGAGGCUAAAAAGGCAUUCAAGAAGUUGGCAUACUCGCGUUUUAAGUCGCUACCGCUUUAUCUCGAGUGGGCUCCCGAAAAUAUUUUUGCGAAGUCAGAGAAGGAAAUACCGGUAAAUGAAUCGGAUGAUGCCGCCGACAAUGCCAAUCCUAAAGAGACCAAAACGACCACAACAAAAGUCAAAGAAAAACAGACUCACCCGACGGAAAAUGUGGACGAAAAAGUAACGCCCAAACCGGAUGAAUAUUCCGAUCUUUCACCGGAAGAUGGCACAACACUAUUUCUUAAAAAUCUUAGUUUCCAAACCAAUGAGGAUUCUAUCCGCGAGACAUUCAAAAACAUUGGCCCUAUUCACUCGGUGCAGAUUGUGCGUCGAAAGGAUGGCGAUAAAAACGAGAGUCGAGGAUAUGGAUUUAUACAGUUCAAAUUACGGAAGUCGGCUGAUACGGCUUUGAAAAAUUUGCAUUCAGUUCACAUUGAUGGACGGAAGGUAGAGCUUUCUCGUAGCGAUAGAACCUUGAACAUCGAUGUCGGUACGAGUGCAAGAAAGGAGGCCAAACUGAAAAAGCAGACUGGUACUAAAAUUCUCGUUAGAAACGUCCCGUUCCAGGCGAAUGCCAAAGAAAUUCGCGAUUUGUUCAAGGUAUUUGGAGAGCUCAAAUCCGUGCGAUUACCGCGCAAAAUGGUAUCCGGUGCGGAUGAAAGUCAUCGAGGUUUUUGUUUUGUGGAUUUCGUUACGGAGAGCGACGCCAAACAGGCCUUCGAAGCGCUGUGUAAAAGCACCCAUUUGUAUGGUCGCAGACUGGUGUUGGAGUGGGCCGAGGCAGAGGAUGGAGUUGAAGAAUUGCGCAAACGCACGGCAGAGAAGUUUUCCGGGAUCAGAGGAUCCGAUGAUGCGAAGAGAAGUCGUAAAGGUGUUUUCGAUUCAUCCCACAUCGGAACAACCGAUCCAGGUCGGGGAGAGGAAAUGGAUGACGAAGAUGAUGGAGACGAUGGAUUCUAAACGUUUCUUUUACAACGUGUUAAUAAAGGUGUACUAGGUACAUCUUAAUCAAUUUUGAUUGUUUUUAAUUGACGGGGUCAGAAGAAAAGGGGUGCAAGUGACAAUCAGAAAUGGCCACUACUAUAUGAACCGUUACGAG